UUUAAAAAACAUUAUAAUAUUAAAUAUUUACAAAGAUUUCAUACAAUAUUUCAUAACUUCUAUAUUCUUGUUGGUAUAAAUAGUUCUAAAAAUGUACUAAAAAUUUAGUACUAAUCUAUCGUUUUUGACAUGUUUGUUGAAUACCGUAUUUUGGCGGAUCAGCUGUUCGAGUGGCCUGUCAAACGAGAUUUUAUUGUUUUUGCUCGCUCGUUAGAAAGUAUAGAUAAAAUUUUCAUUAAUUGUUAUUUUUCAAUUAAUACAAAAACACAAACUUUUAGAUAAAAAAAGAAAUGGUUUCUUCAGAAACGGGUGGAGUGAAGCCCAUGCCCAUUGCCGGGCGCAUGCUACGCGAACGGGAGCGUCUGAUUGGAAUGUCAAAUGAUGAACGCGCAUGGCGCAAGCAAUGGUUGAAAGAUCUGGAGUUGCACCAUGGGCCACGCAUAGUACCCGAAUUAGAGAAAGAAUUACAGAACCCUAUCAAACGAUUCUACAGAUUCCCUCUAGAUAAGCUUGGAGAAGCACUAACUCCAGUGCUGGGUACACAACGCGCAUAUACAAUUCGCUUUUGGACUGGAAAAUUUGCUAUGGCCAUUGCAGCGAUUUACGCGGGUGCUUACUAUUUUAAGUAUAAUCAAAACGACUGGACACGCAAGGGAGGUUGGCGUGUAAUCACUUCACGUCCUGCCUGCAAUCCAGGUGAUCAGGGAUAUCCAAAAGUUUCGGACCGUACACAACCAUCCGAUUAUGCAGCUCGUGGGUUCAAACAAGCUGCAAUUUAAAAAAAAAAAAAUUAUACAGUAAAUUAAAGAAAAUAAAUGAUUGAUAUAGAAAAACUUUAAAA